AUGCUAUUGGACGACUCGAACAACGUUUCGAGUCUUUACAACAAGCGAACUAUCUGGACGCGAUCCUACUGGGACAACCUGGCGUCGCUGGCCCCGUUAUUGUCACACGAGCUUGGCUCUGGCGGGAACGCGCGCCUGCCCGGGCCAGUGGCGUUGCUGGGGCUGGCAGGGGGCUCCGUGGCUCGCAUUAUAAGAACACAGUGGCCGGAGGUCGGCGUGCAGGCAUGGGAGAUCGACUUAGUGGUGAGUGAGUGGUGA